AUGUUGCUGCUCAACGUCUCUAUCGAAGCAAAAGCUAAGAACGACUCGACACCAGGGGAGGGCAGAAAUAUAUCUAUGCACUGGCGUGGCAUUGCUGAAAUCGACGAGGUUGUGGAAAGCAUUUUAGGGAAUACUUUCAAGGGGGAGAAACCAACUUUAAUCCAAGUUAAAGGCAAAAAUCUAGAGAAUCGAAUGUUUGUUGGUCUCGGCCAGUUUGUGGUGAAGGGAGAAAACCUAAGCAUCAUCUAUGAGGUGUAUGAACGUUGCAUUCAGCCCGACCUUUCUCAGUUGACCAAGACAGACUUGGCAUAA